AUGUCGUCAACUGUAGCAAAGGCUGCUCGCAGAGUCACCCACGAGCUCCAUGGAGUCGUUGUUUCUGCCGGCCUCAUGGACAAGACAGUCAAGGUCCGAGUGGGCGGUCAGAAGUGGAACAAGAUAGUCAACAAGUGGUUUGCCGACCCGAAGCACUACCUCGUCCAUGAUCCUAAUUCGUCUCUUCGCACCGGCGACGUCGUUUCCAUUGCGCCCGGCUGGCCGACAUCCCAGCACAAACGCCACUACGUCAAACACAUAAUCGCACCCUUCGGAGACCCCAUUGAUAAACGACCACCUGUACCGACCCUGGAGGAGUUGAUAGCCGAGAGAGAGUCCAAAAAGGAAGCCAAAGACGAGCGUCGGACGGCAAGAAGGCAAGAGCAACAUGAGAAGGCCGUGGAGGAGAAGCAAAGACGCAAGGCCAAGCUAGCAAAGAAACAACACACACCCAUCGAAACUACCGAGAACAGCCCAGCAGAACAAUGA